AUGAAUGAGGUGAUUGAUGAAGAGAGGGGAGCGAUCGACACGCUACGCAAUAGGCUGGCCAAUAAAGCAUCGGCCUGGCUUAAGAGCAAGGAAAUCGUAUCUGCCAAGAAAAUUGAGACCAAGAAGCUUGUGGAAUAUGUGAAACAACAAGCGCGCUCCACAAACCUUGACGACGCUGUGGAGAAUUUACAGAAGAAAGGUAUUACUCAUGAUCAGAUGAAGAAAUGGCUAAGGCUCGACAAGGAAAAGAAUCAGUGGAUGUCGAUGAACCGUAAUAGCCCGCUCUACAAUACUUACACUCCGGAGUACAAGCUUUUUGACAAGCUUAGAGAUGCAGCAAUUAUACGCAGGCGCGCAAACCAGUAG